GGACACACUUGAGAAAUGCAACAGGUUUGGCAGGUGUAGCAUUACUUAGCAAGUAUCUUACCUGCACCAGGUGAGGGAGGCUUAAAGCCCAGCUAUAAUUUGACGCCUCAGCUCAAGCAAGUCCUGUCCAUUGAGAACAUGAACAACCCCAUUCCAACGAACUUGAAGUCGGAGGCAAAAAAGGCUGCCAAAAUCCUCCGGGAAUUCACAGAAAUAACCAACAGAAAUGGACCUGAUAAGCUAAUUCCAGCCCAUGUUAUUGCCACAGCCCAAGGGCUUGCCAUUAUAACGGUCAUCCGGUGUGGCUUCAUGAUCACAGCACGUGGAGGCAGCGGGAUUGUAAUUGCAAGGCUCGCAGAUGGACGGUGGUCUGCUCCCUCUGCCAUUGGCAUUGCUGGUCUUGGUGGGGGAUUUGAGAUUGGUCUGGAGGCAUCCGACUUUGUCAUCAUUCUGUAUCAGAAGAGAGCAGUGGAGGCCUUCAGUAAAGGAGGGAAUCUAACCUUUGGUGGCAACUGCACAGUGGCGGUGGGGCCUCUUGGCAGGAACCUGGAGGCAGAUGUGGCGUUGCGCAGCACGGCGGCCGUCUUCUCUUACUGCAAGUCCCGGGGCCUCUACGCUGGCGUGUCGCUGGAGGGCUCAUACCUGAUGGAGCGAAAGGAGACCAAUAGGAAGUUCUAUGGACGAGAUAUCCGGGCCUCUGCCAUUCUGAACGGAGAUGUAGAUCCUCCGUCCGAGGGGUUCGACCUGUACACCAUUCUGGACGACUACGUGGAGAAGUACACCAACGACUGGCAGAACAAGCAUUUAAGAACGCCCUCAAGCCGGCCCUCUGGCUUUUCGAUGAAUGGACCUCCAGCGAGACCUCGGCCUCCCAGUCAGAAGCCACCAGCCAGCUCCAGCUCCAGCCCCAGCUUCAGCUCCAGUGCCCGUUACAGUGGCAGGACAGAAGACCCAAAGCCUCUCCUCUACCCCAGUCUAUCCGUCGUGAGAAGAGACAGUGCACCAGGUCCAGCAUCGAGUGGACCCUUGGUCGUCACAGCCACAAAUGCCUUUGAGGGCCAGCAACCUGGGGACCUCAGCUUCGAUGUUGGGGACCGAAUCACCGUCCUCACAAAGACCGAAUCCCAGUAUGACUGGUGGGAAGGCCAACUGAGAGGGAAGGUUGGGAUCUUCCCUGCUAACUUUGUCACCAACAACUGAUGGACAGCACAAAAUGGGCACUUCCAUUUACCGUUGAAUGCUGCUCCAUCUUUUUAUUUAUUAUGCUCUAUUUGUGCGUUAACACUGGUCUCUAAAGGACUGGAUAGGUUAGCCCAGUGCCUAUGAGUGAAAUGAACAAGGGAACAGGUUAAGAGUACAGAUACUUUUUUAUGGAAAUUUGCGCUAUGCAUAUAGAAUAUGAAGAGGUUUAAUUUGACUACCACAUCUCUUGAUAUGAUUUGUGUAUGCUCUAUAUUUAUGGGGAUUGGUAUUGUAUGCACUUUAAGGUUUAUUUAUUUUUUUGCCUUCAUGUAUUGAUUUAAGGUUGAAUGGCUUUAAUAGGAAUGCCACAUAAGAUAUGUUUUGAAUGUGUUGUUUGUCUUAUUUGUUAGUCCGCUGUUACCAAAGAUGCAGCUCACCCACCUCACAGGCCUGUUUGGGUUUCUUUUGUCUCAAAACAAAAUGCCAUGUUUGGUCUUAAAGGUGUAACAACAUGAGACCAUGGCAUAGAUUCUGUUCUGGCUGUUUUUAUGAUACAAAGUGACACAAAAUAAACAAGCCUUAAAUAUGAGGAAAGGGCUACCUGUUUUUAUCCAGCCUAUGAAGUAGUUAUUAUUUAAUACAUGAAUGAUGUUUUUAUGACUGGAGGGGAUAUACAGAUAUUACAAACGAUAUGGAUACUUGUCAAGAAAACGUUUUUAUAAGAUCAAGUUGAAAGAUCAUUUUGAAAGCUGUACAGUGUAAGGGACUUUACAAACAGGAAGCCUAUUAUGUUACAACCUCCUUGACAAAUAGUAGAUUCAUAUUCACUGCCAAAUCUCUCCUGUCAUUCAAAUGAUGCCAAAUCUGUAAACUGAGAAAUGUGUGUGAUCAGAUCAUUAUUGUAUAUCUUCAGGGCAUUGAUAAUGAUGUGUUUGAUAUGGCUUUAUGGAAAUAUGAGAAUAUGUGAUAAAAUAUGUGACUAAUUGUUUAUAUUCUGAUUCAAAUAUUUACUUUUACUCAAUUCAGAAAACUAUUUUGUGUAUGUCAGAGUUAGAAAUACAUUUUCCGUUUUGGAUAUCAUUAAAAUGUGGUGAUUUUAAAAUAA